AUGGAGACUCUUAAUUUCUCCCAUACCACCAACAUCAGCAGCGGUGAUAACACCAGCCUCUUCUCUGGAAGCCCGUACUCGACUGUGGAGAUUGUUCUCAUCGUCCUGGUGGCUGGAUCUGUGAGUCUGAUCACCGUCAUUGGAAACAUCCUGGUCAUGCUCUCUAUAAAGGUAAACAGGAACCUGCAGACCGUCAACAACUACUUCCUGUUCAGCCUGGCCUGUGCAGACCUCAUUAUUGGCGUCUGCUCCAUGAACCUCUACACCGUCUAUAUAGUGAUUGGCUACUGGCCCCUUGGAGCGGUGGUGUGUGACCUGUGGUUAGCUGUGGAUUAUGUUGUCAGUAACGCCUCAGUCAUGAACCUGCUCAUCAUUAGCUUUGACCGUUACUUCUGUGUCACCAAACCGCUCAGCUACCCGGCCCGCCGCAGCACCAAGAUGGCGGGUCUGAUGAUUGCUGCGGCCUGGGUCUUGUCCUUCAUCCUCUGGGCUCCAGCCAUUUUGUUUUGGCAGUUCAUUGUGGGCGGGAGAACCGUGCCACCAGGUGAGUGCUACAUCCAGUUCUUCUCAAAUCCUGCAGUGACGUUUGGGACAGCCAUAGCAGCUUUUUACCUCCCAGUGGCCAUCAUGAUCUACCUCUACUGGCGCAUAUCCAAGGCCAGCCGCAGCCGCGUGAGGAGGGACAGCAGGAAGGCCUCAGGUACCAGUAUUGGAGAGGCCCCCUCUCACAGCCAGGAGGAGGGAUGUGAGGGCCAGAACAACUGCAUCACAACAAGAAAAGCUCAGGUGGAGGCUAAAAAUGGGAAGGAGGAGGAACUGCUGCAAAAGCAGAAUGGAAGUGGGCCAUGUCAGGAAAAAAGAACUGACCAGGUGGACUCUACAGAGGACGCCAACCAUGCGUCAACGUCUAAAGACACUGUGGCCCCGGCUUCAUCACAGAAAGAUUUGAAUGGUGCGAAAAAGACAAAUCAAACACCUUCUCCAGAAAACUCAACUGUUGACAGACAAAGUAUGGCUGCAAGGACCCUGUUUAAGGUGACAAAGCAAAGUGCUGUGGCAAAGUGGAAAAGGAAGGGCAUUUCUUCCAGGGAGAAAAAGGUGACCCGCACCAUCAUGGCCAUCCUGGUUGCUUUUGUUGUCACGUGGACACCUUACAACGUGAUGGUCCUGAUCAACACCUUCUGUUCCACCUGUAUCCCAAACUCACUCUGGACCAUCGGCUACUGGCUUUGCUACAUCAACAGCACCGUCAACCCAGCCUGCUACGCCCUCUGCAAUGCCACCUUCAAAAACACUUUCAAGCACCUGCUCAUGUGCCAGUACAAGCACAUACGUACAGCGCGAUGA